GUGCAUUUGAAUGAAGGUGCUGCUGAGCUCUGAGCCGAGGCUCCGUGGUGCUGAAAGGACAGCUCCUCUUCUCUCUGGACCGCGCAGAUUCUUCUUCACUAUCACGCAGACAUGUUCACCAGGAUGUUAAAACUGCGGCUCCUCAACGCUGUAGCACCUGCCUACUUCUUCACAGCUACUGCGGUCACCUUCAUCUUACACUUCUGCUUCUUCAUCCCAACGUUGUUCCCAAACCCUGACACGUCACCGGGGGGUUCGACGACUCUUCACACGGUGGUUUUUCUGUUCUUGAUGUUCAAUGCGCUGGGGAAUUACAUAAUGACUAUCAAAUAUCCUGCUGAAAGUGCCAAUGAGACGGGGGUGCCGGUGUGCUCCCCGCACUGCUCAGACAUGGUGGACGCUCACUACCUCCUGAACGGUCGUCACUUCUGCAAGUUGUGUAAGAAAGUCAUUCUCAAGCGGGACCACCACUGCUUUUUCACGGGGAACUGCAUCGGCAACAAAAACAUGCGCUACUUCAUCAUGUUCUGCAUCUACACGUCGUGCACGUGUUUGUACUCUUUGGUUCUUGGCGUGGCCUUCCUCACAGUGGAGUACUCCCUCUCCUUUGAGAACCCACUCACCUUCCUGACUCUUCUCCCCUUCUCCACAGGCUACUUCUUCAUGGGAACAAUCUCAGGCUUGCAGCUGUUUGUCGUGCUGAUGCUGUACGUGUGGCUGGGCAUCGGCCUGGUCUGUGCAGGGUUCUGCUGCCAGCAGGUCCUGCUGGUGGCCCGGGGACAGACCUGGUGUCAGAAGCAGAGAGGGCAGCUUGUGGACAAUCACAGCCCCUGGCGAAACAACCUCAUGGACGUCUUUGGCACGCGCUGGAUCCUCGGCCUCAUCCUGCCCGUACAGACUGUGGAGACGUGCACGGAUGAGAUUGACGCACAGAAACAAGACUGAGUGGAAAAGCACAACAUCAUAUCCACAUACUCCCAAAUGCUUCCCAUAAGGUUAUCAUUUUAAAAUGGAUGCUUUAUGACUUUGCAAUAUUUAGCUUUUAGUAUAUACAUUCCUUUAAUGAUAGGAGCCAUAUAACAAUGUGAAAAAGCAUAGUAUAUAUAUAGGUGUAUCUUUUACGUAGGUUCUUAUAAAGCAGUAUUAAGAAAAUGUUGACGUAAACAUGCAGUUGCUUACAUGAAAUUACAGGGAUGUUUGGGUUUAGGUUUGUAUUAUGCCACUGGUCUGUUCUGAGAUAAUCAGUCAAAAUGUGUUGAGGUUUUUAUGACAAUGAAUCACUUAACGUUAAGGGCUAGCACACAGAAAAACACUAUUUGUUACAUAAGGCUUGAACCUGGUGUUUUCUACUCACGGGAACGUGACUCACAGUCUGAUGAAGCUACAGUGAUGUGUUCCAUUGUAAGAAUAGAUAGGGGGGAAAAGUGAAACUGAUUACCAUAGUAAUAUCCAGGGUAUUAGUCACAACGUGCCAUAAAAUCCUAUCAUACAUGACCCCAAAGAUGAGUUCACUACUGUAUACUGCUAAUGAUGCCGUCUGUUGUAUAACAAUAAUAAGGACUUUUCUAGGGCUGCUAAUCCAUUUUAAUAACCAACUGUUUUGAGCGUUUUUUUUCUUUUUAAAUAAUUAAUACAAGCUCUUAAAUGUGAAUAUUUUCUAUGUCUAUUAGUGCCAAUGUCAUGAUAAAACAUCAUCAUUUCAAGGUUUGAGAAACAGAUCGACAUUUUCUUUAACAUUUUCUGGACCAAACAACUAAUCAAUUUAUUAGGAAGAUAAUAAUCGAUUACGAACAUAAUCAUUAGUUGCAGCCCUAGACUUUCCAGUGUUAUACUGUGGCUACAGCUGUGGACAUGUUCAAUAAUGUUUUCGAUAUCAAUAAGUACACUUUCUAGAGCUAUUUUGUCUACUAUUACACC